AUGUCUUACAACACCUCUCUCCAAAACAUGGCACUCCUGCUCGCCGCCCUUGGUCACAGUCCCAGUCGCAAAGGCCUACCGGCGGACCAGAUCGCCGGGAUCGACGACUGUAUCAUUGUCAGCUUGGACUUCGAGGCGUGGGUGUGCCCGCCACGCCCUGUCACGGAGCUUGGCGUCUCGUGUCUAGAUACCAGGGACAUUGACAUCUCCGACGCUGACCUCACUUUCGACAAGGUACUGGGGAAAAUCCGUACCAAACAUUACCGCAUUGUGGAGCACCUGGGUCGCGUCAACAAGAAGUAUCUUCAGGGCUGCCCCGCCGAGUUCCGCUUUGGCAAGAGCGAGGAGAUCAAGGAGGUCGAGGUGAAGGAUGUCCUGGAGUCCAUCUUCCGGGUCGUUGACGAGUCCGCGCCUGCUGACGCAACUCGCAACGCCGAUCAGCUGCUGGCGUCUGCGGUGAACUCCCUGUCGGUUACGGGCCAGUCUGCAGGAAGCACCGCAGGCAGGAGUUCGUCCGUGUCGUCCCAAUCGUCACUACCAUCCUCAACCACCGGGUCGGCUUCUACGCCACUCACGUCGCCCUCACCACCACUCGCCAGCAGUCCCAAGUAUCGCAAGAUCCUCCGUGCCGACCACGCAUCCGGGAACGAAGACAAGUACCUGAGCCAGCUCGGGUGCUCGGAUGACGUCCUCGGCACUGUGAUCGGAGCCAUCGACACUCAAGUCCUCGCCCGUGCCCGUGGAUUUGCGAUAACCACGCUACACCAAAUCCGCCUCAGUUACCUUCUCGAGAUCUUCGGCGUCCAUCCAGUACACUGUCACAACGCUGGAAACGACGCUGCCUACACGCUGUUCGCCACGCUGAUGAUGGCCCUCAAGGCUGCCGGUCGUGGCGAUGUCCUGCCUCAUCACGAUCUCGUGGCGAAGGGCACCAGGCUGCUUGUGAAGGUGGACGGUCCCGGUACGGGCAUGAAGCUGCUCGUACCGAAGAAGUUCUGCACGGAUUGCCAGCGGACGAGCCACAACAAGGACGCCUGCAAUGGCAGUGGCAAGCAGCAACCUGCAGGCGCGUCGGCUGGGCGUGGACGCGGAGGUCAAAAUGGGCGUGGGCGUGGACGUGGAGGGCGUCCCUAA